AUGUCGCAAAACGAGCCGUUGUCCAGAGAUAUAUGCGAGCAGCUCAUGACUUGCGUCAUGCACCAAGCUCUCUACUGGCUCGGUUACGUUAGCCAAGAAGACAUUCUGCAGGACUACUUCCUCUCUCUCCCGAUCGAUGUUGAGAACCAAAAGUUGGAGGAGCUAGCAAACGCGCCCGCCUACCAAAUCGUCGGAAGGCUGGAGCACCUAGGCCUGGAGGCCGAGAAGCUCAGGACCGGCAGUCCUCGAGAGCAAAACGAUUCGCGGAAUGCGCGAGAUUCGGCAACUUGCGAUGGCUUAGAGGACCAUGGCCAGACCCGGGCCCGUGCAGAGGACAGCGCCAUGGCCAUGACUCGCCCGGACUCGUCAUCCUCUCUUUUUCGCGUCAUACCCACCAGCUGGCCUCAUCAGACACCACCUGCUGCGGGCUCGGCGAGCGGCAACGACGCGCCCGCCGAGCAGCCGAGCAAUGAAACGCGCCCCGACGUCAACAGCGAGUUUCGCAAGCAGGUUCUCGUCCUUGUUCGCAAAGUGGGUGCCGAGUUCAUCCGGCGGUGCGAAGGGACCAAGGCCAAGCAGAUUGAAGGCUAUGGCCACGACAUAGAACAGCAGUCGUAUAACGACGUCAAGACGGCCUUGUUGCGUGGCGAGAUGAGUCCCAAGGUGAGCUACGACUGGAUUCGCAAUAUUGACGAGGAUGACGAGUAA